AAGGAGGGUUUAACACUGAAAGGUGGUAGAGAGAUCUGCUCCCACAGCAGUGGGAACAUUAGUUCCUUUUUGUUUUUGGAAUUCUUGGUGCUUCUGGGCAAAGAUGUUCAUUACAGUGCUACAUGGGGAUAAUGAACAGACCCUGUUCAACACGGACUGCAAAACGAUCACGCUGUUGGACAGUAUAAAGCUACGCUGUCACUGUGCUAGCAAAGCUGAGGUAGAUCUGGCUGAUGAAAGUGGCCAGGUGAGAAACCUUUUACAGCAUCGGCAGCGAUAUGCAUCCGAGCUCCUAGAUGAGCGAGAGGAGUUUAUUCUGGUCAGCGUCAGCUGGCCUUCUGGCUCCCAUCAGCCUGUCUACACGCCGAUGCUACAGGAUGAAGAUCUCCUCAGUUCCAGAUUUCUUGCUAAACUGGGGAGCAAAGGGGAGCCCAGGACAGGAGGAAACAAAACAAGAAUGAAGAGAGCCAGCCAAAAGACAACCUCUUCAGUGUCGUCGUCUCCUGUAGAAAGUAAGCAGAGUUCAUCUCCACAAAGGCUCAAGGCUGCAGGACACCCAUCUUUACGAACCAAACAUGGAAGAAAAGAGAAACAGAAUGAAUAGAAAGGGGAUUCUGUUUGUGGAGUUAACAGCUCAUUAAAGUAAAUUAAAGUACUUUAAAGUAAUUAAAGUGUGAAGGUCAAAUGAAAACUAAAUGAAAACUUAAGGAAAAAUGAAAAUUCUAAGUGCAUAUAAUGUCGUUGUCAGAGUCAAUGUAAAAAGCACCAGAGUACAAACUGAAAGUGGUGGUGAUCUUUUAGACCACGUCAAGCUGGUUUUCAGAUAAGGGGAGAAAAUGUUGAUGGCUUUGGGUUUCUUAGUAACACAAACAGAAACCAGCAAUCCGUAUGGUGCCUAUUGACACUGUAUCAGGUGUAGUUAGCUUUUGUAUGCCACUGUAACUGUUUUGAUUCAUGUUGCUCAGGAUUUUGUAGAAUGUGUGUUAUCUACUGUUGUGUACUGUAUUAACAAAACAUCAGAGAGGUUAUAUUUAUCCUGUAUGUAUUGCCAUAUUCUAAUCAAAUUAAUGCAUUGUAAAGUGGGAAACGUCCUGUAUCUUAAUCCUUGAGGAUACAGAAUAGCAAAUGACAUAUUGGGAAUUUCAGGUUUGCUUUAUAAUCAAGCAUUGUAGUAACUGACUUAAGUUAACAUUCAGAUGUCUGUGAGAUUGUUGCUGUUAUACUGCAUCAGGAUUCACAAUCACACACAGCAGAAAUGGUACUAAUAUGUCCGAUUUUUUGCAACGUUAGUCUAGUAUCUGGAAUAAAGGGCAUAACAGGAAGAUCACUGCAUGUGAUUUCAGCCAUGAAACUGUACAGGCAAACUGCCCCGAAGCAAACAAAAGUCUUGGAUUUGUGACAAUUUGAGACUGAAAUACUGACACCACUGUGAACCUCUGGAACAAAUCUGUGUUUCAGCACAUUGCUCUCGAAGUGUUUGGGCAAUCGAGAGCUAAGGUCACUUAGUGCUUUUGGCAUCAAAUGGCUGUUUCAGUCUGGUAGCAGGUUCUUCCCUUUGAGUAACACUGUAUUCCUGCCACGAGAGUUCGGCUGUCUGCUUGGAGACAAAGAAAUAACAUGCCCACUCCCCGCAGACUCUGUUUGUGCCCUGUUAGAUAUUCCAGAGCUCCUGGAAAGUUUCCAGGGCUCUGGAAAGGAUUAAUA